CUCACGCACUCGGCCUCCGCAGCGGAGAUCCGGCGGCGCUGGCGAGGACCGCGCGCGGAAUACAGAGCUCUUUGGGGACACCCUUUUGUUGGAUUUUAUCCCUGUCCUGUUAACUGGUACUUUCAGCUAUGGAAUCGACAGUUGAUGAUGAAGCGAUGGCAGCAUAAAUGAAGGCCAAGUAAGGAAGGCAGAACGAUGCCCAAGGGUGGGUGUUCUAAAACACCACAAUCGGAAGACUUCUCUCUCAGCAACGACAUGGUGGAGAAACAAACUGGGAAAAAGGAUAAAGAUAAAGUUUCUCUAACCAAGACUCCAAAAUUGGACCGGAGUGAUGGCGGCAAAGAGGUGAAGGAGAGAGCUACGAAACGGAAAUUGCCUUUCACUGUUGGAACAAAUGGAGAUCAGAAAGAUUCGGAUACAGAAAAGCAGGGACCUGAACGGAAGAGGAUUAAAAAGGAGCCUGCGACCCGGAAACCCGGCCUGCUCUUUGGGAUGGGGCUUUCAGGGAUCCGUGCAGGUUACCCACUCUCUGAACGCCAGCAAGUCGCUCUCCUUAUGCAGAUGACAGCGGAAGAGUCUGCCAACAGUCCAGCAGUAGAUACAACACCAAAGCAUCCCUCUCAGUCUACAGUUUGUCAGAAGGGAACUCCUAAUUCUGCCUCCAAAACCAAAGAUAAAGUAAACAAGAGAAAUGAACGCGGAGAGACCCGGCUGCAUCGGGCAGCUAUUCGAGGAGACGCCCGACGGAUCAAGGAACUCAUUAUUGAGGGUGCAGACGUCAACGUGAAGGACUUUGCAGGCUGGACGGCUUUGCAUGAGGCUUGCAACCGGGGUUACUAUGAUGUUGCAAAACAGUUGCUCGCUGCCGGUGCCGAGGUCAACACCAAGGGCCUGGAUGAUGACACUCCGCUGCAUGAUGCAGCCAGCAACGGUCACUACAAGGUGGUGAAACUGUUGUUGCAUUAUGGGGGGAAUCCUCAUCAGCUUAACAGGAGGGGAGAGACGCCAUUAAAAGUAGCGAAUUCCCCCACCAUGGUGAACCUGCUCCUGGGGAAGGCCACAUAUCCUUCCAGUGAAGAAAGUUCCACAGAAAGCUCGGAAGAGGAAGACGCUCCUUCGUUUGCGCCGUCCAGUUCCGUUGACGGCAAUAACACGGACUCUGAGUUCGAGAAAGGCCUGAAGCACAAGGCCAAGAGCCAGGAGCCCCCCAAAGCCAUCACCACGCCCGUGAAGGACGAGUACGAGUUCGACGAGGACGACGAGCAGGACAGGGUCCCGCCAGUCGACGAUAAACAUCUGCUGAAAAAGGAUUACAGGAAAGAGACUAAAGCAAAUAGUUUUAUCUCCAUCCCCAAGAUGGAAGUGAAAACCUAUACUAAAAACAGCACAACUACACCAAAGAAAGCGGCCCAUCGCAUCCUUUCAGACACAUCGGAUGAAGAGGACAGCAGCAUCGCCCUGGGGGCCGGGGAAAAGCUGCGGCUGACGACCCAUUCCAUUCCACCCAGCAGCAAGGCUCGAGAACCGUCCAAUGCCAAGCAGCAGAAAGAGAAAAGCAAAGUGAAGAAGAAACGAAAGAAGGAGGCAAAGGGCAAAGAGGUCCGGUUUGGCAAAAAAAAUGACAAGUUUUGUUCUUCUGAGUCAGAAAGCGAAAAUCUGGAGAGUGAAGAGGAUGACAGAGACUCUGUACAAAGCACUACUUGUGUAAAGGACUCUAGGCUGGUGUUAAAGGAGUCAUCCUUGUUUAAUUCCCUUUCUGCGUCCUCUGGCUCUUCCCAUGGGAGUUUGGGGUCUCAGAAGCAUAACCCGCCCCUCACAGAUCAGCACUCCAAGCACUGGAGGACAGACAAUUGGAAAACCGUCUCCUCUCCGGCCUGGUCAGAUGUCAGUUCCUUAUCGGAUUCUACAAGGACAAGGUUGACCAGUGAGUCGGAUUAUACGUCCGAGGACUCAAGCGUGGCCUCGCUAAAGCCUGUGAGGAAGAAGCAGGAGCCCAAGAAGCGAGCUCAACGUGGGGCUGCUGCUGUAGUGGUGGUGGAGAAGAAGAAUUCAUUCCAUGCCAGUGCUGAUGGAGCUAUUCCAAAGCUGGACAAGGAGGGGAAGGUUGUAAAAAAGCAUAAAACAAAACACAAACACAAAAACAAAGAGAGGGGCCAGUGUCCGGCCGCCCAAGACAUUAAGAUAAUGAAAGCCUUUUCGUUUGACUAUGAGGACUCUAAGCAGAAGUCUGAAAAGUCUUUGAUUGUAGAGACUGAAAGUCCCGUUGAGAACAAGCUCAAAGUGCUAAAGCACGAGAGGGAGCACUUCAAGAAGGAAGACAAAUUUCUGAAAACUAAAUCCGAAGAGAAGGAAUGGCUGUUUAAAGAUGAGGCUGGGAAAAACUCCAAAGAGGAGAAAUCCUUGAAAAAAGCCAAGGAGGCAAGUAAAGAUGUCAGUAAAUCUUUCAGAGAAGAAAAGACCAGCAGAUUGGAAAAAGAGAAAUCCAUAAAGGAGAAAUCUCCCAAAGAGGAGAAGCCUCGGAUGCACAAGGAGGAGCGGAAGAAAAAAUCCAAGGACAAGACCGAAAAGUUCAAGUCCGAAAAGAAAAAUGACCCAAAGGAGGAAAAACCAGCAAAACCAGAGAAAGAGAGGGCCUCCAAAGAGGAGAAAGAGAAAUGUAAAAAAGACAAAGGUUACAGAGAGGAGUCCGGUUUUGAAGAGUUCAGUAAUAAAAACCAGUUUCUGGAUAACGAGGAAACGAAGUUCAGCCUCUCCGAUGAUCAGCAAGAUCGUUGGUUUUCAGACUUGUCCUCUGAUUCUUCUUUUGACUUCAAAGGAGACGAUAGCUGGGAUUCGCCGGUGACAGACUACAGGGAAAUUAAAAAUGACACUGUGGUAAAACUCAUAAUGGAAACGGUGAAGGACGAAAUGAAAGACAAGAAGCGGGAGAGUAAAGCAAAAGACAAGAGGGAGUACAGCGAGAAGCGCAGCGAAAAAGACCCUUUUCUGAAAAAGAAAGAGAGAGAAUACGUGGAGCGGAACUCUGACAAGAAAAAGGACCAAAUUGAGAAGCAUAAAGGAAUUCCCAGUUAUCUGCCUGAAAAGAAAAGGAAGGAUUCUGCUGAAAGCUUUAAAGAAAGGAAAGAAAAGGAUAGCAGUGAAAUUAACAGAGAGAGAAGAGAAUUGUCCGAUAGUUCUAAGGACCGAAAAGACGUUAAGAUAAAGCAAGAGGAAUCCUAUAGGGAUGAAUUUAAAGACUAUGGCUGUGAAACUUUUUUCAAAGAAAAAUCUGAUCCUGAAUUUAGUGGGAAAAACAUGGAGACCUGGGAAAGGCAUCAUUCAGGGAAGGAGAAGAAGGAUGUGUCAGAGAAGGACAAGAAAGAAAAAUUAAAAGCAGAAAAAUACAAGGAAAAAUCCAAAGUGGAGGACAAAGAGAGGAAUGAGAAGGCCCUGCCUGAAAAAAACCAGAAGGAUAAAGAAUUGGAUAAAGGCUUUAAAGAGAAGAAAGAUACAAAGGAGAAAUAUAAAGAUCCUCAUAACAAAGAUAAAGAGAGGAAGACUUCCUUGGACCAGGUUAAAGAAAAGAAGGAAAAGAACUUUUCUGGGGAUAGAGAGGACUUCCACGAGAGGAGGGAUGAGAAAAAAGGCAGGGAGAGAACUUGGUAUAACAUCUUGGACAUCUUCACUGAUGAAAGUGAGGAUGAGAAGGAUGACUACAGCCUGAGUGGAUUCAAACUGGGAGAGAGCAUCGGGAGUGAAAUGCAUCGCAUGGACAGUCUGCAAGACAAAGAUGAUGGAAUGAUAGCUGAGAGAGACCUUUAUGUCCCUGACAAGCACAGGAAAUAUUCCUCUGAUAGGCAGCAUUCUACUGAGAAGCAGAAAGACAAAGAGUCCAAAGAGAAGAAGAAGGAGAAAGGACUCUCAGAAGGUGGGAAGGAGAAAAAAGAAAAGAGCUCCUUUGAAAAACACAAAGAGAAGAAGGACAAAGACUCAGGGGAGAAGUACAAAGACAGGAAAGAAAGAACCUCAGUAGACUCUGUCCAAGAAAGGAGGAGCAAGCAGAAGCUCCCUGAAAAGCUGGAAAAGAAACACAUUGGGGAAGAAAAGGUCAAAAGCAGGCAUAAAGAAAAGCUGGAUAAGGAGUAUACCAAGGAAAAACGCUCUUCAAAAAGCGGAGAAGCAGAGAAGAGCAUGCUGGAGAAACUAGAGGAAGAAGCCCUCAACGAAUAUAGAGAUGACUCCAAUGAUAAAAUCAGUGAGAUUUCUUCCGAUAGCUUCACAGACAGAGGGCAAGAGCCAGCGCUCACCAGUCUCUUUGAGUCUUCCAACCUUUCUCUUGCGGAUGCCUCUGAGGAGAAGUUUAAGGAGUCCUUGCCUUUGCCUUGCUUGCCAGAUAAACUCAAGGAGAAGGAGAGGCACAGGCAUUCCUCGUCCUCAUCAAAGAAAAGCCACGAAAAGGAAAAAGCAAAGAAAGAGAAAACAGAGAAAAAAGAUAGAACAGAUGACAAAGAUUCCGGCAACAGAAAGGAUUCCGCUCAGUAUGAGAAGGACUUUGCGAUGGACGGAGAAGGCUUUGGCAUUUCGUAUGCCACAAAAACAGAGGCUGAAGAAGAACUGGACAAAAACAUGGAAUAUUUGUUUCCUGAAAAAAAGGACAAGAAUGAGUCGGAGAGAGAACUUCCAAAGAAGGCAGAAAAAGAUAAAACUUAUGGCUCCAACACAGUUAGCAUAACCAAAGAGAAGAAAAAGCGAGACCGGCACAAAGAGAAAUGGAAAGACGAGAGAGAGAAGCAUAGAGACAAACACACUGAUGGGUUCUUCAAGCACCACAAGGAGGAGCAGAAGUCUGCCAAAGACAAAGAGAGCUCUCAAGUGAUCAUUCUGAAGGAUAAAUCUAAAGAGGAACAGCCCAAAUUUAACGAUCUCAAAGUGAAGGAUCGACUCAAGGAAAAUCAGGAAAAAGACAAAGUCGAGUGUCUUAAAAUGAGCAAUGGGAAUGAUAAAAUUACCUUACCCAAAGAGAGCAGCAAGAAAGACAUCCGGCCAAGGGAAAAGCUUUUGGGAGACGGUGACCUGAUGAUGACCAGCUUUGAGCGGAUGUUGAGCCAAAAAGACCUUGAGAUUGAAGAGCGCCACAAGAGGCACAAAGAGAGAAUGAAACAGAUGGAGAAGAUGAGGCAUCGGUCUGGAGACCCCAAAUUAAAAGACAAAGUCAAGGCCAGUGAGGACGUGCGCAAGCGGAGUCUGGAUCUGACUGCAAAGAAACCACUGGUGCUCGACACUCAGUUGAAGGACAAAAAACUCAAAGAUGUAGGCCCACUGACUCCCAUAGUGUCCCCCGAUAACAAGACCCAGCCUGCUGUGGGGGUAGAUUCCAAGGACUGGAUAGCUGGCCCCCAACUGAAGGAAAUUUUACCUGCGUCUCCGAGGCCAGAUCAGAGCAGGCCAACUGGGGUUCCAACGCCAGCGUCCGUUGUUUCUUGCCCAAGCUACGAAGAGGUGAUGCAGACGCCAAGGACUCCGUCUUGCAGCAAUGAAGAUUACACAGACCUGAUGUUUGACUGUGCUGACUCCCAACAUUCACUGCCCAUCUCCACCAUGUCCAUGAAUGCUUGUUCUCCCUCCUUUUUUGACAGGUACUCCAAUCCUUCAAGCGGAUUCCCCGAAAACCCCAGCCAGACCCCGACGAGGACUGUUCCCUCCACAAACCUUCACCGUUCAAUGUCUGUGGAUAUCCGAAGAGCACCAGAAGAAGAGUUCAGCGUUGGGGACAAAUUUUUUAGGCAGCAAAGUGUCCCGGCCACGUCUAAUUACGAUUCUCCAGUUCAGCACUUGAUGGAGGAGAAAGCGCCUCUUCCCUCCGUUCCCAUAGAAAAAUUCCCAUGUUUGUCUCCAGAAUAUUAUUCUCCAGACUAUGGAGUCGCAUCUCCUAAAGUGGAGGCAUUGCAUUGCAUGCCGGGAGCAGCGGGCAACGUUGUCCAGUCCCCCGAAAGUGUAUUUUCUGGAUUGCAAGCCAAAUCUUCCCCUUCUCAUAGAGACGAGCUGCUUGCCCCUUCCGUUGAAAGUGCUCUCCCGGCAGAUCUUGGCCUGCCUUUGGAUGCCACAGAAGAGCAGCAAGCCACUGCCUCCAUUAUGCCCCCUGAGUCCAGCUUCUUGCCACCCAUUGAGGAGAAUGAGUUUGACCCGGCCAUUCCGGAACAGGACAGUGCUGAGUGGGAGGAGAACACUCCAAAAGGAAACCUGGAUCCUCCUGUGCUGCCCAGUUUAAUUGGUAAUCCUUCUGACCAACCCAUCAGUUGGUCGGUGGGAUCAGAGCUGCUCAUUAAAUCUCCUCAGCGGUGCCCUGAUUCUCCGAAGCCUUUCUGUUCUCCAGACGCCGCCCAUCCCCCACCUGUGCCCUUCGUUUCUGCAGAUGCCCUGUAUCCCAGCUCCCCCGUGUCGUACCCGCUCUCAGUGAUGGAACCAGGGCUCGAUAAGGUAAAGGAAGAUGCCGAAGCAGCCAUUCCAACAGAAAUCGUGGCUGCAGAACAGCAGGCUCCGUACGCAGAUUCCCCUGCUAGAAUAGACACUUUCUUCAGUCAUGGCAAGCCUGUCCCAGAAGAGGCCUCGGACAUGCCAUUGCAGUCGGCCAGCCUGCCGGCGGAAUCCCAGGUGGAGGCUGUUAACGCUCUUGAAAAGAAUUACCUGGAGAACGGCACCAUUGCUACUGUAAAUCCAGAGGAGCAAGUUGCAUGGCCUGACCCAUUCACAAAUUCGGAAGAUGACUUGGACUUGGGUCCGUUCUCUUUACCAGAAUUGCCGCUUCCAACAAAAGAUGUUCCAGAGGUUGAAAUGGCAGAGGCAGCUGAGGAAGGCCAUGCAGCAGCUUCAGAAACCAUCAGUACAGCAGUGCUUGUGGAUGUCGGCGGGUCUUUGGGUUCUACAAAUCAACAGGAGGAGCCAGCUCUGGACCAACAGAACUUCCUACCUGGGGAGCCAGAACCGCAGGCUGAUGAGCAGAAGUCGGACGAGAUUUCGCUAGACGUUGUGCCGGAAGCAUCGAGUGCCCCAGAGCAGAAGACGGUGGAAGAAUCAGAGACGCCCCCAAAUACUCAGGAGGCAACGUCAGCGGGCCUUGCUCCGUUGGAGACCAAGGAGGCAGAAGCGGAUUGUGAAGAACUCCCCUCCGCUCCUCUUACGUCAGACAGUGGUUCUCAAGCCAGCUUGAGCCAAGAAAACCGGACUGAGAGCACUGAUGUUCAAGAUGUGGCAGCAGCUAAGGGCGCCACCCAGGCCCCUUCCUCCCAGGCUGAGGUGCUGCAAGGAAGUACCCAGGUAGAAGCCACAGAACCAGCACCGAAACCGGCUCCCGAAACCCCGAAGCCUCCCAAAAUAGAAGAGAUCCCACAACGGAUCACCAGGAACCGAGCCCAGAUGCUUGCCAAUCAAAACAAACAGAACGCCGCUGCUUCCGAGAAAGAGUUCCCUCCUGCUUCCGCUCCUUCCACGCGGGCAAAGGGGCGGGCCACCGAGGAGGAAGACACCCAGGCGCAGCACCCACGGAAACGGCGGUUCCAGCGCUCGAACCAGCAGCUGCAGCAGCAAAUCAACACCUCCACGCAGCAGACACGGGAGAUGAUCCAGCAGACCCUGGCCGCGAUUGUGGACGCCAUCAAGUUGGACGACAUUGAGCCGUACCACAGCGACCGGUCCAACCCGUAUUUUGAGUACCUACAGAUCAGGAAGAAGAUCGAGGAGAAGCGGAAAAUCCUCUGCUACAUCACUCCCCAGGCCCCCCAGUGUUACGCGGAGUACGUCACCUACACGGGCUCCUAUCUGCUGGAUGGCAAACCUUUAAGCAAGCUGCACAUUCCAGUGAUUGCGCCCCCUCCGUCAUUGGCAGAGCCUCUCAAGGAGCUUUUCAAGCAGCAGGAAGCGGUCCGUGGCAAGCUGCGUCUCCAGCACAGCAUCGAGCGGGAGAAGCUGAUUGUGUCAUGUGAACAGGAGAUUUUGAGGGUGCAUUGUCGGGCAGCAAGGACAAUAGCCAAUCAAGCCGUUCCCUUCAGCGCGUGCACCAUGCUUCUGGACUCGGAGGUGUACAACAUGCCUCUGGAAAAUCAGGGAGAUGAAAACAAAUCCGUCAGAGAUCGUUUCAACGCUCGCCAGUUCAUUUCCUGGUUGCAGGAUGUGGAUGACAAGUAUGACCGGAUGAAGACGUGCCUGCUGAUGCGGCAGCAACACGAAGCCGCGGCCUUGAAUGCCGUGCAGCGCAUGGAGUGGCAGCUGAAAGUCCAGGAGCUGGACCCCGCCGGACACAAAUCGCUCUGUGUGAACGAGGUGCCCUCGUUUUACGUGCCAAUGGUGGACGUGAACGAUGACUUUGUGCUCUUGCCGGCAUGACAGUAUCAAGCCUGGAGACACUCUCACUGCAAACUGGCACGGGUGGGUGCCCCCCACCCCACCCCCCCGAGGAUGGGCGCAGGUGCUCACACACACCCCAACCGCUUGCUGAUGAAUCCCUAGUCAGAUGAGGAGGAGGCAGAAAACCAACGAGGAAACCUACGGCACUUUCUACACACCGCCUCCCUGCGCACCAGGCAGCAGCGGGAGCAGGAGAAGGGGAGGCGGUGGCGGCGGCCGCGCUCCUUUCACACCAGGCGCUGUGGCGGAAGGCAGGCGGGCGGGCGGGCAGGCGAGGCGGGCAGCCUGCGCACAGCGAGCGUGUACAGGACUGGCAGGAGGACGAGAGACCGGUGGGCGCAGGGGGCAGGAGCAAUCCUGGGACACUCUCCCUGCACCGCGUCAGCCGCCGAGCGGGCGAGGCGCCGGGGGCCGUUGGCACACGCACCACCACAGCCGUUCCAAGCGCUUUGAUUCUUCCAUGGGCCUGUGGGCGGAUCUGGCUUCGGAGAAGCUGCGGGGCGAAACCACCGGGCGGGAGGGUGGGUUCCCUGGGGGACGGGACGGGGGAGAUCUUUAAUUUCUUGCUGCAUCCAGGCUACAGUCAAAUCCGUUGAUAAGGAAAGCACCCGGCCAGGCCCUGAAGGUGGCAGAAAAAGGGGGAAGAAAGAGCCACGCCACUGAACCGGAGACCCAGGACGCGUUCCAGGUAACCCAUCAGAACCGUGGGGAGGCAGCAGGUACCUGAACCUGUACAAUAACGUAGGUGUCGCAGAGCAAGGACUUUGCGAUUCUGUUUUUAAAUGGAGUAAAAUCCGUAUGGUUUAUAUAUAUAUAUAUAUAAAUAUAUAUAUAAAUAUAUAUAUAUAUUUUUCCUUUAAUCUUGGGCAUUUUGUUUCUCUUUCGGAGAACAUAACUUGAAAAGAAGAAAAAGAUACACACUACAAGAGCCAAUACUCGUAUAAAGAGAAAUUGUAUCCCAUAAAAGUUGUACAGUUUUAUAUACAUUAACAAUGUACUUUUUGCUGCCUUCUAGAUAAUUUAUUUUGCAACACAUUACUGCACAGUUGUAAAUAACUUAUGUACUGUAACAUCACUUUCAGUCAUGUGUAAAGAAAUAAAUAAAUUAAUUAAAAUUA